UGUUCCGAUUUGUGUUUGUCUCGGCAGAUAGAAGUUUAAUGAUGGAAUAAAACUCAUGAGCGGAGAGAGAGAGAGAAAGAGAGAGAGAGAGAGAGAGAGAGAUAGAGAAGAGAAGAGAAGAGAAGAGAAGAGAAGAGAAGAGAAGAGAAGAGAAAAAGAGAAAAAGAGAGAAUGACCGUUGCUGAAGUGAGUAACCGGCUCAUGGAGCGCGCUGCUGAGAAGAUCCUCAGCGGAAAUCUAACCUUCAUGAUUCUCGCGACGUCAGUGUUCAUCCUCAGCCUGGCCUACAUCUCCAAACUGGUGUUCAGACAGCAGCAGGCGCGGGGUAAAGACCAGGGACAGAAAUUUCCUCCGUAUAUCCCGUCCAGUCUGCCCUUCCUGGGUCACGCCAUCGCUUUCGGGAAAAGCCCCAUCGAGUUCCUGGAGAAGGCAUACGAGAAGUACGGACCCGUGUUCAGCUUUACGAUGGUGGGGAAGACCUUCACGUACCUGGUGGGAAGUGAAGCAGCUGCUCUGAUGUUCAACAGCAAAAACGACGAGCUGAACGCAGAGGACGUGUACUCGCGACUGACCACGCCCGUGUUCGGCAAAGGAGUCGCCUACGACGUCCCAAACCAUGUGUUCCUAGAGCAAAAGAAGCUGUUGAAGACGGGGUUAAACAUGGCUCGCUUUAAGCAGCAUGUCAAGCUCAUUGAAGAAGAAACCAGACAGUAUUUCCUCCGCUGGGGGGAUAGCGGGGAGAAAAACCUGUUCGAGAGUCUGAGCGAGUUGAUCAUCCUGACGGCGAGUCGAUGUCUGCACGGUGUGGAGAUCCGCAAUGUUCUCACAGAGAGCGUCGCUCAACUCUACACCGACCUCGACGGAGGAUUCACCCACGCUGCCUGGUUAUUACCUCACUGGAUUCCUUUACCCAGCUUCAGGCAGAGAGACCGUGCUCACAUAGCAAUCAAACAGAUCUUCUACAAAGUGAUUGAGAAACGCAGAAGGAGCACAGAGAAGGAGGACGACAUCCUGCAAACCCUCAUAGACGCCACGUACAAAGACGGACGAACUCUGAAUGACGAUGAGAUCUCAGGGAUGCUGAUCGGCCUGUUGUUGGCGGGUCAGCACACGUCUUCCACCACCAGCGCGUGGCUCGGCUUCUUCAUGGCACGAGACUCCGAGCUACAGAAACGCUGCUACAAUGAACAGAAACAAGUGUUUGGAGAAAACCUGCCACCCAUCACCUAUGAACAGCUGAAGGAGCUGACCCUGCUGGACCGCUGUCUGAAGGAAACCCUGAGGCUGCGUCCUCCCAUCAUGACCAUGAUGAGGAUGGCUCGAACUCCUCAGAAAGUGGGAGAGUACACAAUCCCUGCAGGACACCAGGUCUGUGUGUCCCCCACCGUAAACCAUCGACUCCAGGAUACCUGGACCCAUCGAUUAGACUUUGACCCUGACCGUUACCUCGGUGAUAACCCCGCCGCUGCAGAGAAAUUCGCCUACGUGCCGUUCGGAGCAGGUCGUCACCGAUGCAUCGGGGAGAACUUUGCCUACGUGCAGAUAAAAACCAUCUGGUCCACGUUGUUGCGUUUGUUCGAGUUCGAGCUGGUAGACGGAUAUUUCCCCACUAUAAACUAUACCACCAUGAUACACACACCAAACAACCCCAUCAUCAGAUACAGGAGGAGAACUUAACACACACACACACACACACACACACACACACACACACACACACACACACACACAAACAACCCCAUCAUCAGAUACAGG